AUGGAUACUGAUAUUUCACUCCAAGACUACCUUGCCAUUAGAAAUAUUGCCUUUGAAUGGGCAGAAAGCUACGAUACCAAAGACUGGGAUCGUCUGCAAAAAUGUCUCGCACCCUCGGUCCGGUUAGACUUUCGCAGUCUUCAUGGGGCUUUGCAUGAGAAUCUAUCCCCAGGGGAGUACUCGACUAUCCUUUUUGGCAUGAUAGGGGAUAAAAGAUUAAAGACUCAGCAUCUUCUUGGUGGAUCACAAUGGGAGCGUUUGAAUGACGGCACAAUCAGAGUCGCCUAUCAAAUCCGAGUGGCCCAUCAACGAUAUGUUGAUGAGUCCCUAGGUAGGGUGGCAAACAAAGGGCAUGGUCACGGAGUUACAACACAUUGGUAUAGAAAAUUUAAUGAAGUUUGGAAGUUGGAAGGUGUCGCACCUAAACUUGAAUGGGACGAAUAUGAUAUAUUCGGGACUCUUGCUCCACCUGAGGAUGAGACAGUUUAG